UCGCGCACAGCGCUCCUUCUAGUCAGACAGGCUGCGCGCGACGGGGGCCAGUUAGUCUGGAACGCAGCUGGACAUUUGAGAAGGACCAAACAAUACAGCCUCCGCUAAAACAGAAAAACUGCGCCUUCUCUUUUCAUAUACACAUUUAAUGUAUAGGCUACACAAGCCCAAAGGAUAAAGCACCCCACAACGGACUUUCCUUAAUAUCUCAAAAUGACCAGUAGCCCAUUAACAGGGUUACUAGUUGCGCUCUGCAUCUGGAGCGGGGUCCGCUGUAUGCCGAAGGUCCCGGGCAGAGGCAAACGCCAGGCUCAGCACCAAAUUUACCCUCAUAUCGACGAAGCAUCAUCUGUCCAACGAAUUCAAGACGGCUGCAUUGACAACGGUCGGUAUUAUACAGUGAAUGACCAGUGGGAGCGGUCCUAUCUGGGCGGCACGCUAAUCUGCACUUGUCUUGGAGCCGCCGGAACUAAAUGUAAAACAAAACCUGAAGCCGAGGAGACUUGCUAUGAUAAAAUAAACGCGCGAUCGUAUCGGGUGGGGGAAACCUAUGAGCGCCCCAAGGAAGGGAUGAUCUGGGACUGCACGUGUAUCGGCUCCGGGCGGGGUAAAAUCAGCUGCACGAUUGCAAACCGCUGUCACGAGGGAGGCCAGUCCUAUAAGAUCGGGGACACCUGGAGGAGACCGCACGACACCGGAAGUUAUAUGCUGGAGUGCGUCUGCUUGGGCAACGGCAAAGGAGAGUGGACGUGCAAGCCCGUGGCGGAGCGUUGCUAUGACAACACAGCGGGCAUGUCCUACGUGGUGGGCGAGAUCUGGGAGAAGCCGUACCAGGGCUGGAUGAUGGUGGACUGCACCUGCCUGGGGGAGGGAAGUGGCCGUAUCACCUGCACGUCCAGAAACCGCUGUAACGACCAAGACACGCGGACCUCGUACCGCAUCGGAGACACCUGGAGCAAGGCGGACGCGCUGGGGAACAUCCUGCAGUGCCUGUGCACGGGGAACGGGCGCGGAGAGUGGAAGUGUGAGAGACACGCAUCCCAGCACACCAGCAGCGUGGGCACUGGGUCUCGCCUUGGGACCAGCAUCCAGCCGGCAGUGUACCAGCCCCUGCCACACCCUGAGCCCCCCACGGAGGGGGCCUGUCGGACGGACUCGGGCGUGUACUACCACCUGGGCAUGCGCUGGAUCCGCGCGCAGGGCAGCAAGCAGAUGCUGUGCACCUGCCUGGGCAACGGAGUCAGCUGCGAGGAGUGGGACGGACACACGCAGGUGUAUGGAGGGACCUCCAAUGGAAAGCCCUGCGUUUUCCCCUUCGUCUCCCAGGGAAAGACCUACUACUCCUGCACCUCAGAGGGCCGCAGCGACGGACUGCUCUGGUGCAGCACCACCUCCAACCACGACGCUGAGCGGCAAUCCUCCUUCUGCACCACCAAGAACGCAGUGCUCGUGACGACCAGAGGAGGCAACUCCAACGGAGCACUGUGCCAGUUCCCCUUCCUGUACAACAGCCGCAACUACACAGAGUGCACCUCGGACGGGCGGAGCGACGGCAUGAAGUGGUGCGGCACCACCACCAACUACGACAGCGAGAAGCGCUUCGGCUUCUGCCCCAUGGCCGCUCAUGAGGAGGUGUGCACGACCAGCGAGGGCAUCAUGUACCGCGUGGGCGACCAGUGGGACAAGCGGCACGACAUGCUGGGUCACAUGAUGCGCUGCACCUGCAUGGGGAACGGGCGGGGCGAGUGGACCUGCAUCGCCUACUCCCAGCUGAAAGACCAGUGCAUUGUGGACGGGCUGACCUAUGAGGUGAACCACACCUUCACUAAACGGCACGAGGAGGGCUACAUGAUGAACUGCACUUGCUAUGGCCAGGGUCGGGGCCGCUGGAAGUGUGAUGCCAUUGACCAGUGCCAGGAGCCGGAGAACAAACAGUUCUACCAGAUCGGAGAGUCCUGGGACAAGCACAUCCAUGGCAUCCGCUACAGGUGCCAGUGCUAUGGCAACGGCAUCGGAGAACUCAGCUGUGAGCCACAGAACUACCCGGGUGGACACCGCCCAGUCCAGGUGAUCAUCACAGAGACAGGGAACCAGGCAAACUCCCACCCCAUCCAGUGGAACACACCGCCCUCCACCCACAUCAUCCAGUACUCCCUCAAGUGGAGAUUGAAAAACAGCCACCAAGCAUGGAUUGAGGUCGUCCUCCCCGGCCACUUGAACUCCUACACCAUCGGCGGGCUCAAAUCAGGCGUCACCUACGAGGGCCAGCUGAUCAGCAUCCUGCGCUCCGGCACGCGUGAGGUCACCCGCUUUGACUUCACCACCAACGCCAACUCACUGACUGGGAUCAUCUCACAAGGAGAGACCACCCCACCCCCGGUCAUGGUAGACACUUCGGAAUCGGUGACGGAGAUCACUUCCAGCAGCUUCGUCAUCUCCUGGGUGUCGGCGUCAGGCACGGUGUCCGGGUUCCGGGUGGAGUACGAGCUGAGCGAGGAGGGCGCAACGGCCACUGUAGUGGACCUGCCCGGCACUUCUAACUCGGUCAACAUCAAAGAGCUGCUGCCCGGACGCAAGUACACUGUGAACGUCUACGAAGUGACGGACGAGGGGAAGAACCUCAUCCUCACCACCUCCCAGACCACAGCUCCUGAUGCCCCAAGCAAUGAAGUAGUGAAGGAGGUUGAAGAGAAGUCCAUAGUGAUCACCUGGUCCAAGCCCCUGGCACCAAUCACAGGUUACCGCGUGGUGUACACCCCGUCAAUAGAGGGCAGCAGCACGGAGCUCACCCUGCCCGACACGGCCACCUCCAUCACGCUGAGCGACCUACGGCCCGGCCUGCUGUACAACAUCAGCAUCUACGCCGUGGAGGAGAACCAGGAGAGCGAGCCCGUCUUCAUACAGGUCAACACCGCGGGAGACCCACUGCCCGAGCCAGCGGCAGCUCCAACAAACCUGCAGUUCUACGAAGUGACUGAUAACAAAAUCACCAUCACCUGGAACGGCCCCCCCAGCCAGGUGUCGGGGUACCGCGUGGUCUAUGGUCCCGUGGGCACCGGGGGCACCUCUGAGACGCAGAUCCGAAUGCCCGUCACCGGGAACGCCUACAUGGAAGUGACCCCCCUGCGGCCCGGAACCCUCUACCGCUUCUACAUUUACACGGUCCACGGGGGCGUGCAGAGCCCCCCUCUGGUGGGGGAGCAGGCCACCAAGCCGGACGCCCCCACGGGCCUAAUCGUCACCAACGUCACGGAUGAGACCGCCGGGCUCGUGUGGGGGGUCCCCAGUGCCACCAUCACAGGGUACCGCCUGUUCCUGACGGUGGAGGGCUCCAGCCCAAAGCAGUACCGGAUCCCCGCACCCCAGUCCCAGUACAUCCUGCAGGGCUUGCAGCCGGGCACAGAGCACACGGCCACCCUGCACUCUGAGGGAGACGGUGGGAUCAGCGAGGGGACCAGCGUCAUCUUCACCACUGCUAAGCCAAUAGGAGGCGCUCCUCGCUUCACCACUGAUGUCACUGACACCUCCAUCAUCAUCUCCUGGACCCCAGUGCCCACGCAUGGAUUCAAGCUGACAGUGAGGCCCAGCCAGGGUGGUGAGGCUCCCCGAGUCGUGACCUCUGAAUCAGGCAGCUUCUACAUCUCGGGCCUGACUCCCGGAGUGGAGUACACCUACUCCAUGCAGCCGGUCGUCAACGGGCAGAACCACGGGCCCUCCAUCACCCGCCACAUCACCACACGCCUGUCUCCUCCCACUGACCUUACCCUGGACUCGAACCCUGACACGGGAGAGGUCACAGUCAAUUGGAGGGAGACCGCAACACCUGACAUCACAGGAUACCGUGUGACAUGGACCCCAAGCAACGGGCAGCAGGGGAAUUCUCUGGAGGAGUUUGUGAAGGCGGGUCACACCUCCUGUGCCCUGGAGAACCUGACCCCGGGGGUGGAGUAUACGGUCAGCGUUAUCUCCGUGAAGGACGGCAUGGAGAGUGAGCCCGUCUCCACCAAGGUCACCCAAGAUGUGCCCCCGCUUACUGACCUCGAUUUUGUCGAGGUCACCAACACCACCAUCUCCGUGAGGUGGAUCCCGCUUAACUAUACGGCGGCUAACGUCACGGGCUACCGCGUCACGGUAACGGUGGCGGGGGAGAGCAUCCCCGUUUUCCAAGACGUGGUGGAGCCCACGACUGGGCAUUACACAGUGUACGGACUGAAGCCCGGCAUCGACUACGACUUCAGCAUCAUCACCAUCACUGAGGCGGGAGAGAGCAAACCCGCCACACACACCCAGCAAACUGCACUGGACUCACCCACCGGCAUGUCCUUCUCUGAGAUCUCCACAAACUCCUUCACCGUCCACUGGGUGGCGCCCCGCGCCCACAUCACCGGCUACAGGAUCCGUCACCAGCCGGCCAGCGGCGGCCGAUCCAGGGAGGAGAGGCUGCCCCCCUCCCGUACCCACUUCACCCUGACGGGCCUGUCGCCCAUGACCCAGUACAUCAUCCACAUCUAUGCCGUCAGUGGGGCCCUGGAGAGCUCGCCCCUCAUCGGCCAGCGAGCCACCAUUUCAGACGCCCCUACUGACCUGGAGGUAACCACCUCCACCCCCACCAGCAUCACUAUCCGCUGGGACGCCCCCCCUGUCACUGUCCGCUACUAUAGGAUCACCCACGGAGAGACAGGUGGACUGAGUCCCACAAAGGAGUUCACCAUCCCAGGCUCCCAGUCCAGCGCCACCAUCGAGAGCCUGCGGCCUGGCACUGACUACACCAUUACCGUGUACGCCGUCACAGGGAGGGGGGACAGCCCAGCCUCCAGCACCCCCAUCUACAUCACCUACAAAACAGACAUCGAGGCUCCGACAGACAUGAAGGUAACUGAUGUGAAGGACCGCACCAUAACGGUUCGUUGGACCCCUGCAAAAGGCCCCGUAACGGGAUACAGGGUCACCGGGGCCCCCAAAAAUGGCCAAGGUCCCACUUUCACCGAGGUGGUGGGCCCUGAUCAGACGGAGCUGACCUUCUCUGGCCUGAUGCCCACAGUGGAGUACCAGCUGAGUGUGUUUGCUCUGGGCCAGGAUGGGGAGAGCCCACCGCUGGUGGAGACUGCCGUUACCAAUGUGGACCACCCCAGAGACCUGACCUUCUCGGAAGUGGAGUCCACAUCCCUGCGGAUCUCGUGGGACGCCCCCGACGGGGCAGUGACGGCGUACAGGGUGCUGUACUCCAGCCCGGAGGACGGGGAGCGCGAGCUGUUCCCCGCCCCGCACCACACCCAGGAGACCACCCAGCUCCGGGGCCUGCGGCCUGGCACAGAAUACACCGUCAAGGUCAUCGCCCUCAACGGCCGCACCCCCAGCCCCCCACUGGUGGGGACCCAGGCCACAACCAUCCCUGCUCCCACACACCUGGAGUUCAGUCGGGUGGGCCCCACCGACGUCUACAUCUCCUGGCUUCCGCCCAACGCCCGUCUCACUGGCUACCGUGUGGUCAUCAACCCCAAGACCAAGUCCGGCCCCAGCAAAGAGUACAACCUGCCCCCCGCCACCACAGAGGUGGCUGUACCGGGACUCAUGGUAGCCACCACGUAUGUAGUGCAGGUCUAUGCCCUGAAGGGCUCUCUCACCAGCCGUCCUGUGCAAGGGGAGGUCACCACCAUAGACAACAUCAGCCCCCCUCGACGCGUACGCAUCACUGAAGUGACGGACGCCUCAAUCCAACUCACCUGGCGUUCCAAGACUGAGCCAUUCACCGGGUACCUCAUCGAAACCAAGCCUGUCACUGGCAGUCACGCCCCCAUCGAGACAACCAUCUCCCCGGAGCUUCGCUCAUACACCAUCACUGGACUGGAGCCCAGCACUUCGUACACCAUCCACAUUUACACCCUGAACGGAGCGAAUCGAAGCCCCCCGUUCACCCUCACCACCAGCACAGGAAAGCCGUUGGUGGAGGCUCCCACCAACAUCCGCUUCACCUCUCUGACCACUAGCACCAUCUCCUUUACCUGGCAGGCCCCUCGUACCCCCAUCACUGCGUACGCCGUCCGCUACGAGGAGACUGGGAAAACCCCUAAAGAGAUCACCCUUCCAGGCGCUGCCCACAGCACGACCCUCACUGGUUUAAAACCAGCCACUGAGUACAUCAUUAAGGUCUUUGCUGUGCAGAAUACCCACAGAAGCAUACCUCUUCUGGGCAAGGCCAAAACUCAACCAGGCACCUCCCUGCUGGUUCCCGAGCUCCCUUCUCAGUUCCGGCCAGGCCAAGGCAUCCUGGACGUGCCGGAGGACGUGGCCCCAGACAACCGGGUGCACGUGGCGGGCACCAACGGGCAGAACACAGUGGGCCAGGGGGGCCAGCACAUCUACACCGAGUACCAGAACCAGGGCAACCUGGGGCCGGGCCAGCCACUGCCGCCCCAGCUGCGCGAGCCCCAGGUGUACAUCCCGCUGUCCGGGCCGGACGGGGCGCGGGUGCCCGUGGUGCGCGUCAACGAGCGCUUCUUCCCGGGGGUACCCUUCAGCUUCCCCAACAACGACACCAAGCUGCCCCAGGAGGCCCUCACCAGGACCAGCAUCAGCUGGCAGCCGCAGCAGCACAGCAACGAGUACAUGGUGUCCUGCUACCCCCUCAACCCGCUCGACAACAAGGUCAUCCAGGCUCAGCUGCCUGGGACCUCGACUGGGGCUACACUCAUAGGUCUGACGUCAGGAGCAUCGUAUAGAGUGGUCGUCGAGAGUCUAAACGGAAACAGCAAGACUACAGUGCUGGAGAAGGUCAUCAACGUUGGGGACACAGUGUCCGAGGGCGUGGCCCCCCAGCAGGAUAUGUGCUAUGACACCUUCACCGGCUCAUACUACGCAGUGGGCGGGGAGUGGGAGCGCAUGUCCGACACAGGCUUCAAGCUCUGGUGCACCUGCCUGGGCCUGGGCAGCGGCCAUUUCCGCUGCGAUUCAUCCAAGUGGUGUCAUGACAACGGCAUUAACUACCGCAUCAGUGAGAAGUGGGAGCGGCCCGCUGAGAACGGUCACAUGAUGAGCUGCACCUGCCUGGGCAAUGGGAAGGGCGAAUUCAAGUGCGAGCCACAUGAGUCCACCUGCUAUGAUGAUGGGAAGACGUACCAGGUUGGGAACCAAUGGCAGAAAGAGUAUCUGGGAGCCAUCUGCACUUGCACCUGCUAUGGCGGACAGCAGGGUUGGCGCUGUGAGAACUGUCGGCGCCCAGGCGGAGACGUGAGCGUGGACCUCCUGCAGCCCGUUCGCACAGACGGGAUGGAUCGCUACAGGGACAACACACUGCGCAAAGUGAAUAUCCACUGCCCUAUCGAGUGCCUCAGACCGGAGCUACUUGCAGAUGCCGACACGCAAAACCCGAGGGAGUAAAUGGGACAACGAUCACUGAACACAACCCCACACCAUCCCAUCAUUCUUCCCUGGGUAGCCCUCACCUGAGACCAUCCCAGCACCCAAGCAUUCCCUUACCACACCCCAACCAUGCCCAGGUGGCCCCCAGCCCCCCAUCCCUCUGCAGCUCCACCUCAGGUGCUUCAGACAGGGCUUUCAUUGUGUGCGUGUCUGUCAUGUUGUCAGUUAAAAUUUUUCUGUUUUUCUUCCCUUUUUGACACACUGUAAAUAAAAGAAAUUAAGGAGCCCCCCCCCCAAGCCUGUGGAGGUUUGAGUUUGAGAGGUUCUUGCCCCACAGGGACCUCUGUAGGUGAGUGGUGGAGUUUGGGGGACCCCUGUGGGUGGGUGGUAGUGUAGUUUGGGGGGGGGACCCCUGUGUGUAUGAGCAUUCAGGGCCACCUCCCCUCCCAUAACUCCCAAACUCCUGUCUGAAACAGAGGCCCUGUGCCUGGCGGCAUUCAGAAAUAUAACAAUGAUACUUUUUUAAAACACUGUCUAGUGUUCUUUACAUUUCUCCAUACUUACUGUCUUCUUUACUUGCAUGAAGAAGCUGAGAAAUGAAGGUGUUUGUUUUUGCUUGUGCACAUGCAUACUGUGUGUUUUGUGCUCUGUGCUAUGUGCACUGGGCUCCUCUCAGAAAGAGUGAUUUCUGACCAUUGACACCCAGUUUUCUGCACUUAAUUCGGUUGUAAUUUUUCAGACCUUCAAAUAUUUUAUUUAAUCCCUUUUAACCAGGCAUUCAGUGUGAAAGCAACAUUUUGGGGUGUAAACUUUGUUUUUAUUUUUAUACUGUAGGUGAAAGCGUCUUUACUACUGUGGACAGAAAUCCCCUUUUUAAUAAAGUUCAACAAAGAACCAAAAUAA